AUGACUGAAUUAGGAAAUUAUCUGAUAGGUAAAACAAUAGGAGAAGGAACAUUUGGAAAAGUGUGUCAUGCCAAACAUCAAGUAUUAGGACAUGAUGUGGCUGUGAAGAUUUUAGAAAAGAAGAGAAUCAAUGAUGAAUUAGAUAUUGAAAGAGUAAAGCGAGAAAUAACCAUAUUGCAGAUGUUGCAUCAUCCAAACGUUGUGUAACUCUAUGAGAUGAUUGAAACUGACUCACAUAUUUAUUUAUUUAUGGAAUAUGCAGACGGUGGAGAAUUGUUUGAUUAUAUCGAUUUAAAGAAGAGGAUCAACGAGGUUGAAGCAUGCAAAUUCCUACAUGAAAUUAUCUCAGCCAUCCAAUAUAUUCAUUAGUUGAGAAUAGUGCAUAGAGACUUGAAGCCAGAAAAUCUACUUUUAACCGCUCAAAAGAAUAUCCUGGUUGUUGAUUUCGGACUCAGUAACACCUAUGAGGAUACUCUAAAGACAGCUUGUGGAAGUCCAUGUUAUGCUGCUCCUGAAAUGAUAUAAGGCAAACCUUACUAUGGAAUAUAAACUGAUCUCUGGAGUUGUGGUGUUAUCCUAUAUGCCAUGUUAUGUGGAUAUCUCCCCUUUGAAGACAACAAUACCUAAGUUCUCUAUAAGAAAAUUUUAAAUGCUGAUUUUCAUAUACCUAGAUAUGUUUCAUUGGAUGGCAAAGACUUGAUUAAAAAUAUACUCACUGUUGAUCCUACUAAAAGGUUUACUAUUGAAUAAAUCAAAUAGCAUAAGUGGUGGCAACUCUCGAAGUCAGAUAAUGUCUAAAUGACACCUUUUAAAGCAUCCUUUAGUAAGAUCUCUUGCACACUUAUGCCAAACAGUAUUUAUAGAUCAUGUGUGAAAAAAAAUAUUGAAAGGAAUAUUUCUGAAGAUGUGAAGACUUGUUGCGACACUGCUCAGCAGUCUAUAGAUAUACAAUUCACAGACAAAGAAGAUUUUAUUAACAAGUCCAAUAUUAAAGAUAUAAUCUAAGAAAACCCUCCACUUGAAAAAGCAACAGAAGAAUAAGUUCAAUAAUUUACUAAUGAUGAAGAUCAUUAUGAAUUCUAAUAAUCUAUGCGAUCAUUAACUAGGUAGAAAUCAAGUCAAUCAAUUCAAUCAAUCACUCAUCUUCAUACAUAAAUCGACUCUCCCUUAAAGUAAUAAAAUCCGACUACCACUACUAAACAAUCGAUUCCAUAUAAAUAAUAGAUUCCUCCUUAAAUUAACAAGGUUAUACCAAAAAAACCUGUCUUGACUUAAUAGCAAUAACAAUAAUUAUAAUAAAAGAAACCAAUAGCCAAAACUGUGCCUUCAAAAUCCUUGCAUGAACCUCCAAAUUUUGAAACUAAAUUUUCUAAAUAACCAAAUACACCAAGCAAUAAAUAGUAAAAUAAUUCUACUAUAAACUCAUCAAAUCCAUCAAAUAAUUCUUCAUUUAUAAGUCAUUAAUUGAAAACUGAAAUCCCAAAAAAAAAUUCUAUACCUCCAGUGAAAUUGAGUGUUAUUUAAGAAUAACUAAAAGAAAAUAAGGAAAAGUCUCAUUCUCUGAAAACUUAGCCAGCUCAAACUAAAUAAUAACAAAUUUAGCAAUAAUAACAAUAACAAUAACAAUAACAAUAAUAACAAUAACAAUUAUAACAAUAAAGCUAAUAACAAAAAUAAUAGAUUAAUUCAAAUAAACCAUAAACUCUAUUUAAAACACCAAUUAAACAAACUCCACCUUAAAUCAAUUCUACUAAAAGAUCUCUUCAUUAAAAAUAAGCAGCUAGCCUCUAAAUGGAGAGACAAUCAUUUCAUACAUAAUAAUCCACUGUCGAAGAUAACUCUAUUGUAUAAUUUAAUGAUAAUCCAAAACCGCCUCUUGAAAAUAUUAAGCUCAUGGUCGAAAAAUUUACAUCGAGACUCAAUAAUGUCAGUAUUCCAUCGUCAUUAAAAUAACCAUAAAAGUAGGGUGUCCAGGAUGUAAAAGGAAUUGAAAAUUAUUAUGGACCAUACAAUACUUCUUUUAUUACAACGAAACAUCCCUAAUUAUUUUUGAAAGGAAUCCAAAAGUAUCUAGAGGAAAGAUAUUAAUUAAUGCAAAUAUAAAACUUCUAUAAUGGGUUCAUAUUUAAUCUUAAUGACCUAAAAAUUGAUUUAAAAUUAUAUAGAAUUGAACAAUAAGAAAUAUUUUACUGCUAGAUUAAUUGCGAGACCUCUAAAAAUAUUGAUAAUAAUGCAGAUUUCAACAAAAUCAUCUAUGAUCUGCAAACUAAUUUUAAAUUUUGA